GCUCACCACCUCAUCUUCCACAGCUCCUCCAGAACCCACUCUUCAUCACGACUUCCCCGCCCCGCCAACUUGCUUUGAUUUUUAGAUUCUGUUGCAUAGUAAUUCUUUUGUUUUCUGUGUUUAAUACGAGAUGUCACGGAGAUACGAUUCAAGGACGACGAUUUUCUCACCGGAGGGCCGACUCUACCAGGUCGAAUAUGCCCUUGAGGCAAUCUCACAUGCCGGUACAGCUUUGGGAAUCCUAGCCAAAGAUGGAAUCGUCCUCGCUGCCGAGAAGAAGGUGACCAGCAAGUUGCUGGAGCAGGAUACGUCAGCGGAGAAGCUUUACACACUGAACGAUAACAUGAUAUGCGCUGUUGCCGGUAUGACUGCAGAUGCAAACAUCCUUAUCAACUACGCCCGACAAGCCGCCCAGCGUUAUCUUCUCACUUACAACGAGGAAAUCCCCUGCGAACAACUUGUUCGUCGACUAUGCGAUCUCAAGCAAGGAUAUACUCAGCACGGUGGUCUCCGUCCGUUCGGUGUCUCUUUCAUCUACGCAGGUUACGAUCCUCUCCGACAGUUCCAGUUGUACCAGAGCAACCCCAGCGGUAACUAUGGUGGGUGGAAGGCUACCAGUGUGGGAGCCAACAAUGCUAGUGCCCAAAGUCUGCUCAAGCAGGAUUACAAGGAAGACUGUGACUUGAAGGAAGCUUGUGCCAUGGCUGUCAAGGUUCUAAGCAAGACAAUGGAUUCGACAAAGCUAAGCAGCGAAAAGAUCGAAUUUGCAACCGUGGGAAAGACCAAGGAUGGAAAGAUUUAUCAUCAUUUGUGGAACGCGGAUGAGAUCAAUGCUCUUCUGAGGGAACACGGGCUGGCUAAAGUUGAUGACGAGCCCGAGGCUGGCGAAAUUAAAUAAGAUAACACCACUUACAUCCACGAAACGCCUAGUCGCAUCUUUGUUUGUGGGGAUUUGUGUAUCAAAAAGGAAGACCUGUUCUCAUUUAUCAAUCUUACGGGAUGGCAUCUAGGAUUAUCGCAAUCAAUGAAUGAAGAUGGUAUUGAAACAGCAAUUUUGAAAUCUUUCACUCUGUACCUGAAGCAAACCUUGACGUUGUCCAGUGGUGACGUGUCAAGCGGCGACGUCUGGCAGCGAGCACUUGCAUCCUUGAUUACUUUGUAAACCUUCAACCCAAUUUGAUGAAGCAUGUUACGGG